AUGGCUGGCGGUUCGCUCGCGCCAGGCCAGACUGGUGGAGGUGGAGCCCCGCCCAACCAGCGCAAGCGCAAGUCUCCGGCCCCCGCCGCAGCCGCCGAGGACGAGGCGGAGGCGGAGGUGGAGGAGCUGGAGAGCGAGGUAGCCGAUCUGGACCGCCGCACCCUCGAGCACCUCCGCCGCACCGCCACGCGCCUCCCCGACGCUGCCUUCUCCCGCCUCGCCUCGCUCCGCCCUCCCGCACGCCUCGAAGUUCCAGUUGUCUCGGAAACAUCAGUUGCCGAAGAUGACCAAGAGCUUGAGAAAGUAAAGAUCCUCAAAUCCAAGAUCAAAGCUAAUAUUGCGGAUUUGCCCAAGGUACUUGAGCAAAUAAAUGAAACUGUUGCUCGGUGUGAGAGGUUUUGUUAG